GCUCAUUGGAGGCUGUUGCUGUUGAUGUUGAGCUUUAACUUUCACUUUCAGCUUCAUGCAGGUUUUCUCUCUCCUUCACCCUUAACCUUAACUAUUGUUACAGCUAGCAUACCUAUGUUAACCUAUAAUGUUUCUUGCGUUUAAGUAGCGUUAUUUCUCCUCGUUUUUGACCGUUUAAGAGCUGGAGAUGUUGCCGUCUGUGACAUCCAUGAUGAUAGUGGUCGGUUGUCUGUGUGUUUUACUGGCCUUUGUGUUCGCAGACUCCGAGAAAACCGUGUACAAGAAGGUUGGCGAUGAAGUUGUCCUCAAUCCUGAUACUACCAUUGUGCCCACCAGCAUCUUGUGGAAAAAACUGCCUGACAUCGCCAUUGAGUGGGAUGGAGAGAGUGUUGAGGCUUUUCGCGAGUUCAAAGGCCGUAGUAGCCUGAACAUUUCAAACGGAGAGAUGACAAUCACAAGACUUACUCGAGAGGACAGUGGACACUACAUACCGGAAAUCAACAGCGUGGUCUCCAGUGCAACUCAUCUCAUCGUCAUCUCUCCCGUUCCUACACCCACCAUUAUUAAAUCCUGUGAUGGCAGUGAGUCCAGAUGCACUUUGACCUGUGAUGGAAACACUACAGAUGCUGUACCCGUCACCUACAAGUGGAAAUCAGAUGACAAAGUGUUGACAGGUUCAUCUAAGGACCAACACAUUGCAAAGGAGGACAGUUCAGAUAUAAAAGAGUUCAGCUGCGAGCUGGAAAAUCCAGUCAGUCAGGAGAGCAGCCAACCCAUCCCCAACCCUUUCUUUACAACAAUAGAAGCUGACAGUAUAGUACCAGGAAAUCUGAAGAUUUCCACAGGACUCACAGUCCUCAUCACUAUGCUGACAGCUGUGCUGCUGCUGGUUUUCAUUCACAGAUGGAUCGGAGGAAUGUGGUUCUUCCAAAAAGAAUCCAUGCCAUGGGAAGCAGACUUCUGGAGGAAGCAGGAGAGAGAACCGAGAGAGGCUGCUCAGUCUAAUGGAACCAGUGCUCGUCCAGAGAAGGAACAAAUGGACGAGGAAACACCAAUGACAUAGGCAGCCAGACUACAACAAGUCAGGACCUAUCUGGUGAAACAAGACGAUCCAAGAAGUUCCAGAGUGAGGCUAAAAUGGUUCAGGAAAUCCAGAAAUGCUCAUGUACUUAAGAAUUGGUGUGUCCUGUGAACACAUAUUAUUGAAAAUCCCUUACCAGUAGUGCCAGUUCCAGUGCUACACAUCUAAAUUUAAUGGUAAAGCAAAAAGUGAGAGUGAAAUUAUCUUAAAGCUACUUUCAAAAAGUCAUUAGUGAUAUUUUUUUAUGGCUUUUGAAGCCACAAACAUGUGUAUCAAGGCAUGUUCAAGACUCAUCCUCGCUCAUCUUUUACUCUAUAUAAGACUGGACUGUUUCUCAUUUUAAACUGAAUAUAUUUAAAAUACACUAAGAGGGGAAAUAUUAAAGAUACCUAGCCUGAAUUGAAAUUAGACCAAACACUACAGUGCAGAGAUAAAUAGCCCGAGAAAAGGAAAUAAAAACACAGACAAAAGCUUUUAGACUUGGAGCAGAUCUUAUGUCUUUCUGAGGUAACGAGGCUCCUCACAGUUUAGACAAAACCAGGAAAUCCUGCAAUGUGUGCUUUCCUGUCCGUACCUGGUCCCGCGAGCUCAUUAAACCACCGAGUGAGGAUGAUUUGUGAUGUGAGGCACGUCUGGUGUGGAUUCCUGCAGCCUCACAAUGUUAGAGAAGAGCUUGGACCGUGUGGGGAGGAAUUGGACGGAGAGCAGAGGGGAAAAAGGGAAGCCAUUGUCUGGUUUGGGCUGCCAGCUCAACCAACAAACAAGGCAUUGUACAGUCCUUUCCUGCCGACUCCUCAGCAACAGUUUGUGUGUGCAUGUGGCAAAUAUGUGAACAAAAUAUUGUUCAACCUCAAACAAAGUCAAUCAGCUAUUUUUUUCUGUUAUCAUUUCACUGACCUUAUAUAACUCUUCUUUACUUACUUGUAUUUUAGGGUGGUUUCUGCAUUUAACUGUAAAUUCUGAAUGAUUGUGGCUUUCCGAUGCACUAUGUGUACAUGCAAUAUAUGUGUGUUUUAAAAUAGAUGACAGGUUUGUUUUUGCACUUAACUCUUAUAAAAUACAAUACAGCUGAAAGUAUUAGGCUUUUGAUCUCAAGAGUGCCACCUUUAAAGGUCGAAUCAUCCUUUGUUAUAUACAGUUUCACAUUAAUGAAAUUAUUUGUGAAACUGCUCUUUAAAAUGCAAAGCAGCACUUCUUCUUAAUCAAAAGCAUUAGUCAAGGAUGAGUUGUAGCACCGCAACAUUUUUAAAUUGUUCCAGACACUCCAAAGAACUUUUUUUGUUUUAAACAAAAGGCACUGACUUAUUAAUACCCUGUUAGCCUAGUGUCUAUUGUUGUCUGUUAUUAGUUUGAAGAUAUAAAGAAUGUUGGAUGUGUAAAUUAAAUAAAGUGUUUUUAUACGUGCUGUAUUUAAUAAAACCAACUGAAUAUGAA